AGGUCCAGAACAUGUCCCAGUCCAUUGAGGUACUGAACCUGCGGACCCAGAGAGACUUCCAGUACAUCAUGAGGAUGGAGGGCCAGUUCAAAGGGCUAAGGUCAAAGUUCAGACAGGUAGAGGCCGACAAGAAGACGCAGGUCAACAGAAACUUUCAGGAGUUGAAGGGUAAGAUGGAUGCCCUGCAGCCUCUGAUCCCGGUGUUGGAGCAGUACAAGACWGAUGCCCAGCUCAUCGUCCAGUUUAAACAGGAGAUCAGGAACCUGUCCAUGGUGCUCACAGCCAUCCAGGAGGAGAUAGGAGUCUACGACUCUGAGGAACUACAACAGAGGCUCCUGAGUCUGGAGAGCAAGCUACACAACUGCAGGAGCAGACUCACCUGUGGUAAACUGAUGAAGAUCACUGGACCGGUGACGGUGAAGACCUCUGGGACACGGUUUGGAGCCUGGAUGACAGAUCCACAGGCCUCCCCUACAAAACAUCGGGUCUGGUACAUGGAUAGCUACACCAACAACAAGAUAGUCAAAGAGUACAAGUCCAUAGCAGACUUUGUGUCCGGGGCCGGGUCUCGAACCUACAACCUGCCGUUCAAGUGGGCCGGGACCAACCACGUGGUGUACAAUGGCUCUCUGUACUACAACAAGGUCCAGAGCAACAUCGUGGUGUGUUACCGCUUCGAGACAGGCCGCGUGGUAACCCAGAGAGCCUUGGAGAACGCCGGCUUCCACAACGUCUACCCUUACACCUGGGGAGGCUUCUCCGACAUAGACCUCAUGGCCGACGAGCUGGGCCUGUGGGCUAUCUAUGCCACCAAUCAGAACGCCGGAAACAUCGUCAUCAGCCAGCUCAACCCGGAGACACUACAAAUCCUCGGAACCUGGAACACGGAAUAUUCCAAACGGAACGCGGGGGAGUCCUUUAUGAUCUGCGGAACACUCUACAUCACUAAUUCUCACCUGACUGGCGCUAAGGUUUACUACUCGUACUCCACCAAGACCUCCAGCUAUGAGUACACAGACAUCCCCUUCCAUAACCAGUACUUCCACAUGUCCAUGUUGGACUACAACGCCAGGGACCGGGCUCUGUACGGCUGGAACAACGGACACCAGGUUCUGUUCAACAUCACGUUGUUCCACAUCAUCAAGACAGAGGAUGAUUCCUGAGGAGGAAGAUCCUCAGAGGAACUCAGAGGAACCCACUGGAACACUGACUAACAUUCCUGGUGUUCCGGUGUUCCGUCAGUCAUUG